AUCCACUUAUAACGAUACCAGAUAUAACGAUAUAUCGCUUAUAGCGAUCAAAUUUUUUAGAUUUGUCAAUUCUCCCAUCGCCCCUAUGUAAAAAUAAACCAUAUAUAACGAUAGAAUUAUCGGCGACAUAUCGGAUACAACGAUAGAAUUCUGGCCGCCCGGAAGGUGCUUAUCACGAAAAAUUUGCCUGGAAAUUUGAGAAAAAUUAAAAUACUUGAAGCGAACGACAUGAAAACUAGUAAAAAUAUCAAAAACCGGUCGGCGUGGAAAGAUCCGCUAGGUGACGCGAGGCGCCGCCCGAUUUAAAAAGUUCAGCCUCAUCCUUCGGAACUAAGUGCUAUCGUCAUCGCAAUCGCUGAAGGGAGGAGAGAAAGAGCUUGCUUGGCCGCCGCCGCGCAACGCUUCCUAGUUUUCCCCCGUUUCCGCACGUUCGUACGUUCGUGAGGUAAAAAUGGCGCCGACUAAGCGCAAAGCGAUAUCUCUGGAGGUGAAGCAGCGAAUUCACCGGGAUUUCCGACAAGGAUUCAAGGUUGGUAGCCUCGCAAAAAGAUACGAGCUGUCUCAAUCAACGAUUUCUACAAUCAUCAAGGCUGGAGAUGUCUUGAAGAAGGCUGGCGGGGAGGCUGCCUCGCUGGACGUAAAUGCGAAAGACGAAUGGCUGGCGACGAAAUUACCCGAGCUGUUGGAGCGCUUCCAAGAAAGUGACAUUUUCAACGGCGAUGAAACAGCACUCUUUUAUGAGAUGCUGCCUACAAAGACGCACGCGCUGAAAGGUGACCCGUGCGUUGGUGGCAAACAUAGCAAGGUCCGGGUGACGGUGUUUGUGUGCGCAAACAUGGACGGUACCGAGCGUCUCAAGCCCUUUGUGAUCGGGAAAUCGAAAAGGCCUCACUGCUUUAGGAAUCAAUGCAUUCCAGUCCGCUAUCGAAAUAACAAGAAAGCGUGGAUGACGCGAGAUCUCUUUGAGGAAUGGCUCCUCGAGUUUGACGGCGCUAUGGAGAAGCAGAAGAGGAAAGUGGUGCUGCUCCUCGACAACUGCAGCGCACACAACGUCAGCCCGAAGCUAACGUCCGUUGAGGUAAUGUUUCUGCCUCCGAACACCACGGCAGGUCUGCAGCCCAUGGAUGCCGGCGUAAUCGCCAAUUUCAAGGCCCUCUACAGACGUCGCAUGCUGGAAUGGCUCAUCAUGAAACUAGACUGCUCAGGAUUGUCUCAAUACGCCGGCGGACCUCCUGACCUGAAGGUGAGCUUGUUAGAAGCGGUGCGGUUCGUGCAUGGUGCGUGGUAUGAGGUGAAGCAGGUUACACUCAAGAACUGUUUUAAAAAGGCAGGCUUCGUGCGCCACAACGCCACGGUCUCGGAAGAGACAAAUGACUUGCUCAUCGAACCUGCCGAUGUGGGUGAACUUUGGGACCACAUAGCAGCUUCCGAGGAGAACAUCGGCGGAGCUCUCUUGGGAGACUUUUUGAACGCGGACAACGCUGCCGCUUCAUGCGAGGAGUCUACUGAUGAGGCCAUUGCCGAGGAACAGCAAUCGCGACGAAAAAUCACAUCGAGCGACUGCGAAAGUAGUGACGACGACGGCGGCGACGAGAACACCCCGCCUCCAAUGUCUUCACAAAAUGCCCUGCUCUCCAUCCAGUCGCUGGUCGGUUUUGUGCACGCAAAAGGACUGCCGCCAGCGUACGCGCAACAACUGGAAGCAAUGCACACGGCAAUUGUCAAACUUCAGCUCAAGCAAGCGCAAAUUUCCGACUUUUUUAAGCAUGCUUAAAUUAUUUUAUAGUCAUUUUCGUACCUUUUAAUAAAGCCUUCGGUUUUCUUUGCCUCGGC